UCGUGCCAACCCAGGUGAAGAUCGGUUUGAUCAACAUGCUCUCGGAAACCGGGCUGCAGGUCAUAGAGGCCACCAGCUUUGUGUCCCCCAAGUGGGUCCCGCAGAUGGCUGACCACACUGAAGUUAUGCAAGGGAUUAAUAAGCUACCUGGUGUUAGUUAUCCUGUCCUGACUCCCAACCUGAAAGGAUUUCAAGCAGCGGUGGCAGCAGGGGCCAAAGAAGUGUCUAUCUUUGGAGCAGCAUCGGAACUGUUCACUAAGAAGAACAUUAACUGCUCCAUAGAGGAGAGUUUGGAAAGAUUUGAUGAAGUUAUGACAGCAGCAAGAGCAGCCAGCAUUCCUGUGCGGGGCUAUGUUUCCUGUGUUCUUGGCUGUCCCUAUGAAGGGAAGAUUUCUCCAGCUAAGGUUGCGGAGGUCUCCAAGAAGAUGUACUCGAUGGGGUGUUACGAGAUCUCCCUUGGUGACACCAUUGGCAUUGGGACCCCAGGCAGCAUGAAGGAGAUGUUGACAGCAGUCAUGAAAGAGGUGCCAGUUGGGGCUCUUGCUGUUCACUGCCACGAUACCUACGGACAAGCUCUUGCCAACAUCUUGGUAGCACUUCAGAUGGGUGUCAGUGUGGUUGAUGCUUCCGUUGCUGGCCUUGGAGGCUGCCCUUAUGCCCAAGGAGCGUCAGGAAACGUUGCUACGGAGGACUUGGUGUACAUGCUGAAUGGCCUGGGGAUCCACACGGGUGUGGAUCUGCAGAAGCUGAUGGAUACGGGUACAUUUAUUUGCAAUGCUCUAAACAGAAGAACUAAUUCCAAAGUGUCCCAGGCAAGUUGUAGACUGUGAUACUGCAUCAAGUUCGCACCUGAAGCAAGUUGGAGGAGAAAGCAAG